AUUCCUACAAGAUGACUAAAAACGGAAUUUUGUAUAUAUCUCUGCUCGUAGCAGUGGUUUCCGGAAGCAGCCUAAAGGAACCGUGUGCAUGUCCGAGGAUGUUUCUUCCAGUCUGUGCUAGCAACGGACUCACUUAUGACAACGAGUGUUUGAUGCAUUGUGCGGAACAUAAGCAAGGAAUCACGUUGGAUGUAGUGAAACGAGCAGCUUGCGAUGGAGCUGAACCAACCAGUGACGAGGAGCAGCCCGGUUGCGAAUCGACCAACAAAUUAGAAGACUCAAUUCCGGCUCAAGUCAAGACCUGUCUGUUUGUUUCCGGUUAUCCCGAGCUGUGUGAACUGGCAUAUGUUCAUUUGCCGAGUGUUCCGAACAAAAUGUUAACAAAUAAAGGAAAAAGUGUGGUAUAUUUAUAUGACGGUAUGAAUGUACAACAACAAGUAACAAUAACGAAACGAUAUAAAAGUAGGAGAAUCAGUGGUUUUCGAAGUCAGUACAGAUAUUCCCUCGCGUUGAGUAAAACCGACAUGCAGCAAUCAGCUGUUCUUCUUUUGCUCUUGUCACUGCUUGUUGCAGUGAUUUCCGGAACCGAACCAGGGGAGCCGUGCGUAUGCCAGAAGAUAUUGACUCCUGUCUGUGCGAGCGAUGGAAUCACCUAUGAAAACGAAUGUUUGAUGCAUUGUGCAGAACGUGAACAAGGAAUCACGCUGGAUAUAGUGAAACAAGGAUCUUGCGAUGAAACUGAUACAAAUGAUGCAGCCUAAUUUGUGGUUGUGAAAGGAUUUCUCGAGCCGUGCAAGACAUGGUAAAUUACCGGAUUUUUCGAGAAAAAAAUUGACAAAUAAAAGAACAAAUUGUUAAUA